AUGCCACCUGAAACAUUACAAGAUUUGCUGGCCCACCUGCAAGAACCCUCGGCCAUUGAGCAAGCAGAGCUGCCUGAACACCUUCAGCGUGUUCUCCGUUCCUUGCACACUGACACAUACUUUCAGGUUCAUGGUCAGACUGACUGUUGCCACACAUCGGUAGGAUCUAGGCCGGGUGACUGUUUUGCAGAUGUGGUCUUUAGCUAUCUCUUCGCCAGAGUCAUGAAAUGCUUCCAAAGCAAACUGUCGCAAGCGGGUCUGCAAGAAGUCAUUCAUGAUGCCAAAAUAUUUGACCCUUAUGCAAAUGGUGAAGCAGAUGGCCACCAGACCCACUACACUGGGCCCAUCUGGAUGGAUGACCUAUGUGUGGGAAUCUCAGCUACCACACCAGCGCUGAUGCUGAGGAAGGCUGGUGCCACCACUUCACUCUUGUUGGAGACGUUAGUUGGCUUUGGCAUGACCCCGAAUUUGAAGAAAGGUAAAACUGAGCUUCUCCUCUCACUUCGGGGAAAAGGAGUCAGGAAGAUUAAGCAACAACUAUUUGGACCCAGCUCUGCAGGCAGCAUUCCAAUAGUUUGUGAAGCCAACACGCAGCACGUUUCGGUGGUUGGACAAUAUCAGCAUUUGGGUGGACUGCUCCAUCAUGGAGGGGAUCACCGACAAGAGAUGAAGCGAAGAAUUGCCAUUGCCCAUACGGCCUUCAAUCUUCAUCGCAAAGUGAUAUACCAAAAUGGUGAAAUCUCCAAAGGCAAGCGAGUGCAGCUCUUCAAUACCCUCAUUGUGAGCAAGCUUGUCUACGGAUGCGAGUCCUGGGUCCUCCGGGACCAGAAAUCCAAAGAGCAGCUGCAUGCCGCGAUUAUGCCCAUGUUUGCCGCCUGUCAGACUGAGGUUGACGAGUUUGAUGUUGAACUCUAUAGUGCAUGUGUUGAAGUGCUUAUGGAGGAGGGCACGCUGGAAGACAAGUAUUAUCGAGUCUGGGCACUCACGAGGGCCAGGGCACUGGCUUGGACAAAAUUUUUGCAGACCAUGCAUGGACUGCAGACUCAUGUGAGUGCGCAAGAUUUGGAGGCAUUUGGACUUUGCAAAGAAGAUUUUAAUGCUUUCAUUGAUCGACUGGUGAAUCCGUCUUCAUGGCCUUGGUUUCAACAUGAGCAUUGUGAUGGCGACCCUGAGCAGUCCCUGGCAGAUUUGGAGUGGCAAUGUGAGAAUGUGACCGUUGACGCUGCUGCCAGGACGCCCUGGGGCUUUUCAUGCUUGGCCUUAAGGGAGAUACGUCAGAUUUUGGUAGGUAACCAACUCAUGCUUUUCUGUUUGCGAAUGAUGACAGUUUUGUAUGUGAAGGGAGGAUGUGGAGCAAUGGAACAUCCGGCUCGGCCGCCAAAAGAGACGUCGGCAUCCAUUUGGAACACGCCCCUGCUCAAUCUGCUUUUGCAAUUGCCAGGUUUCAGAUUGUGGGAAUUCGCACAAGGACUUCUAGGAGCCGUGUCAGCCAAGCCCACAAUGAUCCUUUCCCUGAACUUGCCAACCUUGGGAAUGUCGAUCCGACAAUGGCGUGUAGUGGAUGAGCUCCCCAAAAUGGCGAGCAUUGGACAGGGAAGUGACGGGAAAUUCAAAACAAUGAUUUUGAAGGAGUACCCCCCUGCCUUAUGUGCUGCGUUGGCCUCAGCCUUUUGGCAUGCCCUUAGCCAAAGGCCGAUUUUGGCCAAUGUACAGAUCCCCAGCGAUUUCUUUACCAUUUGUGCAUCUAUGAUUGUAAAGACGUACAGUGAUGCACUGGGCCCUGAUUACGCUGGUGGAUAG